AUGGAACAGUGUAAAGAAAAACUUUAUCCAAACUGUGACAACCAAGUCUGGCUUCGGUCUUGUGAAGUUGAAGUCAAUGAGCCGAUAACCGGCGAAAUUACAGGAGACUUUCCAAGAUGGAUCCGAGGAAGUCUAAUCCGCAACGGGCCCGGGUCUUUAAAAGUUGGCUCAAUGAGAUUCAAACACCUGUUUGAUAGCUCUGCGUUACUCCACAGGUUCAACAUACAAGAUGGUCAGGUGACGUAUCAAUGUCGUUUUCUUCGUUCCAACACCUACAAUAGAAACAUGUCCGCCGGUCGUAUAGUUGUCACUGACUUCGGCACUCAGUCAGUUCCAGAUCCUUGUCAUUCGAUUUUCGAUAGAUUUGCUACACUAUUUUCUCCAGGCGACGCUUUAUCAGACAACGCUAUGAUUUCAGUUUAUCCAUUCGGAGACGAAAUGUAUGCGUUCACAGAAGGACCAGUCAUUCAUAGAAUAAAUCCGGUGACAUUGGACACUAUGGAGAGAAAGAAUCUUAUGAAGAGUGUCGCUCUUGUGAACCACACCUCUCAUCCUCAUGUUAUGUCUAAUGGUGACGUUUACAAUGUCGGCAUGUCUCUCGUUAAAGGCCGACUACGACAUGUCGUUGUUAAGUUUCCAUUUAUGGAAAAAGGUAUAACGGCUAAUUAUUUCGUCAUAAUUGAACAGCCCCUGUCGGUGUCAAUAUGUAGGUUGGUACACAAUCAGCUAAGGAACCGACCUCUCGCCUCGAGCCUGAAGUGGUAUCAGGAACAUAAGACAAACAUUGUACUAAUAAGUCGUGAGAGUGGUAAGGAAGUAAAGAGGUAUGAAACGGAGACAUUAUUUUUUCUCCACAUCAUUAAUUGUUAUGAAGCUGCUAACAAAUUGAUAGUAGAUCUGUGCUCGUACAAGGAUCCUAAAAUAUUGGACGCGAUGUACAUACAAGCUAUUGAAACAAUGCAAAGUAACGCAAAUUACGCGGAAUGGUUUCGAGGUAGACCUAAGAGAAUUGAAAUAGACCUCAAUGCACCUGAUCUGACGCACUUCAAGCCGAGGCUGUUGGCUGAUUUGGGCUGUGAAACACCAAGGAUAUAUUACGAUGCUUAUAAUGGUAAAACUUACAGAUACUUUUACGCCAUCAGUUCAGAUGUUGAUGCUGAGAAUCCUGGUUUGAUAAUAAAAGUCGACACAGUCACCGGUCAAACAAAGACCUGGUUUGAUAAUAAAUGUUAUCCGAGCGAGCCUGUGUUUGUGCCACGUUUGAACGGAAAGUCUGAGGACGAUGGUGUUCUUCUAACGGCUCUUGUGAUGGCUGAUGACUCAUACUCCGUCUCCCUGGUCUGUCUGUGCGCUGUCACCUUAAAGGAGCUAGCUCGUUGUACCUUCAAGACACCGUCUCCAACUCCUAAGUGCCUACAUGGGUGGUUUUUACCCGACGUCUAA